UCAAAUUUCCAACAAACAGACAUGUUUAAUCGGCAGAGCCGUGGAAGGCUAACUGUGUAAUACAGUGUUUCUUUUGACAUUCUCUGCGUAAAAUAUUUGCCAGCGGGUUCGUUGUCUUUGGCCAAGUCUUUGCAGUUUCUUAGUUGUAAGUCAGCGCACAAUUUCACCAGUUUUAGCAUGCCAACUUUUCCAUAUGGUCCUUCUGUGAGUUAUAGUUGAUAGAAUCUCAGCCACUGUCUCAGCCAGUUAGCAUUUCUGUUUGACUCCUGAGGUUCCUUUUGGAGUGAUCGUCAAUUCCUAAGCAUUUCAUUCUCAAAUAUUUGGAUUUUUGUUCCUUUGCCAUUUGAUCUGCUUCUUUGAGUGCAAAGGCAGUGAGCCAGGCAUGAAGUGCAAUUUCGUGCUGACUUAUCUAUGGGGCAAACAUUUUACUGUUCUAUGCAAAUUAUCUGGGGGUGUAUUUGGAAAGUGAACAAGUAUAUUGCGCAGUUAUAGAUUUUUCACCUUCUCACUGUGAUGUACGAGUUUUUUUAGGUUGUGUAAACAAAUUGGGUUUCGGCAGUGCUUGUGGUGGUGGUUCCUGGACUAGUGUUGGCCAUCUUUCACCUCUUUUGUUUUUUUAUUGUCAUGGACAAUCCUGUUACUGGAGCAAGUGAUGGGACAUGUCAAUAUAUGAGCCUUUGAGGCAACUAGGAAUUCAUGGAACUGCUUGGAGAUGUUCAAUAGUAAGGUCUCUUGAAGGGAUUCAGGGAGUCUUAACAUAACUCAUGCAAUUUUUAUGGAGGAAGAUCUUCAACUUCAAAGCAUCACAUAUAGUGAAGGGUUUGAUAGAAUUUUCCUUAUCAUAAUUUUUGAUUCAAAACUGUUUUGUAAGAUGCCGGUAAGUUCUUCCAAACAUAUUGCUUAGUUUAGUUGCUGAUAACAAAGGCCUCUAUGAUGCUCUUACAUUGUGCUUUAUGUUCGCCGUUUAGUGUCCAUAAGUGUUCUUGUCUUAAGUUGAUUACUACUUGACAGUAUUGGUAGUCAUGAUGUUCUUGCUGUGUAGGUUUACCCCUGCAACUGUGCAGAGGAAGGCUGCUUAUGAUGGAGCUGCUGGAAGGGAUACGAUGUUGGUACCCCUGAAGCAGAGGCCGCAGACUUUGGAUGCACGCUUUGCAAGUAUGAAGGAGAACAGGAUGAGGGUGAUUUCAUCACAGCAAAAGGCUUUUCAUGAUAACGGACGUUAUAAUGCACAAAGGCGUCGUUUCCAACAGCAGCAGCUACAACAACGGCCUGUUCAAGCCACUAGAGGCGGAGCUUUGUCUGGACGCCGGCCAGGCUACUAUGUCAAAUGAAUGGUACGAGUCAAACAAAUGAAGGAAGUCUGUGGUGUUUUUUGAGUUUCUAUCCUCACAGUUUGUUGGCCUUGCGUUCUUUUCUUGUUGCUUUGUUUCAGUAUAUAUUCUUUUAGUCAAAACAGUGCAUCAGACAUAGCUGGUUAAAUUUACGCAUCUCCUGGUUAAAUUUACGCAUCUCCUGAUUCGGGAGAGUUGAUACCAAAUUAAUUCUGUUUUAUGUUUCAUGGCUCUGAUGAUUAACGUCUAGAUCCGUUUUCACUUGUAUGUGGAUUAUUGUACGUUUAAGGUGAAAGAAAUUCAGGAGAACGAUACCAAAUUAGUUC